AAUGAUUGUAAAAAAAUUAUUUAAAAGUUUUGAAAUUCAUAUUCUAGAAGAACAAUUUCUCAAUUUCUUAGUUAUGCCAUUUAUUAAUUAUUGAGCAAAUCGGGCAGAUCUUUAUCAGAUUUAACAAUCGAACAUUUUUCUUCCAUAGCAAGGCUAUUAAAAAGACUUUAGAUUGAUUGAUUCUAACUCUGUGAUAGACGGCAGAGAUGGCCAAUUAACCCUUUAUCCACCUCCGAAAAAUUGAGGCAUGUUACAGAAACAUAGUACAUAGCUACUACAUAGUAUAUAUAUCAUGACUCAAUAAGUUCAUGGGUCGAUGCAAAGAUUUAAGAUGACUACUGACUAAUCCUUAUGAUUUUUAAACAACCUUCAAUCGAAAUGUUGCAAAAUUUUAUGACAUUUCGAACAUUAGUAUACAAGUUGCAGCUGUUUUAGUGACGCUUAAAAAGGAAAUUUCCCAUUUUUCCAUUAUUCUGCAAAAACAAAGCUAGCAAAAAGAGAUUUGUAAACUUUUAAACUAAUGAUCGGAAUGUCAUGAAGUUUUGAUACUUCUCGUUUGAAGGUGGGAACUAGCUAAAAAUCAAGAGUAUUCGUCAAUAAGCAUUCGGCAUCUAUGUGUUAUCAACUUAUUAAAUGAAUUGUUAUAACAAAUAUAUAUCACAUGAUUAUGUAAAUACUAUAACCGUAUUAAUAUACUGCUCUUAAUAUAUUGCUGCGUUCGAAAAAUAAGAGCAGUUCCAUUUAACCAUUUAAAUCCAUUUAUUAUUUCGAAUCUAUUUUGUCGCCUUCAAACUAAUCUUCCUCGGACACCAUACACUUAUGCCAACGUUGCUUCCAAUCAUCGAAACUUGUUCUUGCUCAUUUUCUUGGUGUAGGGUGCAGGGUGCUUGUUCUUGUUCAUUUUUGGUGCAGGAUGCUUGUUCCUAUUCAUUUUCUUGGUGUAAGAUACUUGUUCUUGUUCAUUUUCUUGGUGCAGGAUGCUUGUUCUUGUUCAUUUUCUUGGUGUAGGAUGCUUGUUCAUUUUCUGGGUGUAGGAUGCUUGUUCUUGUUCAUUUUCUUGGUGUAGGUUGCUUGUUCUUGUUCAAUUUCGUAAUCAUGUAUGCAAUAGCAGGGAUGUUUGGUGUAAGCCGUACGUGCUAAGAAAGACUUUUUUUUUUUUUUGAUUAUCAUUACAUUUUCGGGCUCAGCCGGCAAAAUAUAAUAAAAUAAAGGAAAUGAUCCAAGAUCCUAAAGACGGCCAACAAAUAGUAGGAAUUAUUGCUAGUCAUACAAUAACAAUCGCCACGAAGCUGAAACGGCCGAUAUCAUACAUGAAGACUUUUUUUUAUCGUUUGAUAAUGUUUGUAGUAGUAACUAUGAACACAAAAUUCAGAAAAAACGUUUGGGUUAAACGAAGCGAUUUCAUUCUAGUGGAACCAAUCGAAGAAGGCGAUAAAGUUAAAGCAGAGAUUUGUAAGAUUUUAACAGCCGAACAUAUCAAGGAAUACAUCAAGGUUGGUAUUUGGCCGGAAUGCUUUAAGAGGGACGAUAACGUUCCGAAUGGACGUUGCGCAAGUAAUUAUGUUAAAGAAUGUUGUGGUGAAAACGUAGAGGAAUUCGAAGAAAAAUUCAAUGGACCCUGUCAUUUAUCUCCGAAUAGAAAUCGGCCAAGCCUUUUAGCAGCGUUUGAAGACGAAAGUACAAGCUCAGAAGAUGACAGUUAACUAAAUGCUUACCAAUUUACAUAGCAAAAUGUGCAGAUUAGGUAUUUUUAAUAUCUACUAUGUAGCUCGAUCACAUUUAUUUUUAUAAUUUUCUUUUUUUAUACCGUUUGUACAGAACUUUUGAAUCAUAAAAUAUUAAGUUCUAUUUUGAACCAAAGAAAAGCGUCUCUUGGCAAAUUCCUUGGCAUGGAGGUGA